UUAGUGUAAUGUAUACACCCAAGGCGAUUGUUGUUUGUUUAUUGUAGUAUUUGCAAUCCACACAAAUUUUUCAAACCAAGUAUUUUUAUAGUGGAACUAAGCACUUAUAACAACAACUAUACGGUUACGACAGAAGUACAUUUUCUUUGAACGGUUAAGUUCAUCAAUCAAUAAUUAGACACACUCUUAAAAUGACUUCUCAUCAGACAUCUCCGCCAAAGGCAAUCAAAGAUCUUAGGUUACCUAUAUCCAGAGUUAAGACUAUUAUGAAAAGUUCUCCACAGGUUGAGGCUAUCGGACAAGACUGCUUAUUUUCAGUAGCAAAAGCAACUGAGCUAUUUAUUCACUUUCUGUCAGAAGAAGCUCAUCGAAAGUCAAACAAGGCAAGUACCUUAGACUACAAACACUUGGCUGAGGUUGUGCAAACCAACGAUGCUUUGGAGUUUUUAAGAGAAACUCUACCGAGGAAAAUUACAGUCAGACAGUUUAAGGAAAUGAUGGCUGAGAAAAACUCAGAGUCUUCAUCAGAUUCAGACAGUGACAGUCAAUCCGACAGUGAAUCUAACUCUGACAGUGAUAAAGUUGAAAACGGGAACACGUCGGACAGUAGUAACAGUGCCAGUGAUAAAAAAAAUGGCCAUGAUGAUUCUUCAGAAAGUGAGAGUAACAGUGAUGAGGAUACAAAGACAUAAUUUUUCUAUCCAUAAAAUUAUUA